CUGUCUAAUUGGAAUAAAUGGGCAUUAUUUAGAAAACAAGGCUACUACAAUGGUCUACCUUUCAGCUGUGUAUUUACUAGUAUUUGUUUCUCUGACUUACUGCAGCUCUGGAGAUCGUAGCGGCGAGUUCUCGUCAUGUGUAUACUCGUGUAGGCGGUCCGUGUGUGCGGGAGAGGGUGGGGGUGACCUGUCCUUAGUGUUGAGAGCUCUUGGUUGGACAUGUGGGGAGGAAUGCCAGUAUCAAUGCAUGCAUAACAUCACUACUGAGGACCUGAGGAAUCACAGGCCAGUCAGACAGUUCUAUGGCAAGUGGCCAUUUGUGCGUGUGCUGGGUGUUCAGGAGCCAGCAUCUGCUCUCUUCUCUGUACUCAAUGCUCUGGGUUUGGUGGUGGGCUACACACGGUUUAGACGCCUGUCUCCCUCCACUUAUCCCUACCAUUCUAUACUAGGACUACAGUUGAUCGUGUGCUUGCAUACUUGGUUCUGGUCGACUGUAUUCCACUCGAGGGACACGUACUGGACAGAGAGGCUGGAUUACUUCAGUGCAGCCUCUAUGAUUGUGGCUGGCAUACUGGCACAGUUUGUGAGGCUGACUGGUCUCAAGCACUGGAGAUGGCACUUGUGUUAUGCUGGGCUGUGGUUAGUCCUGUUCUCCUGUCAUGUUGGCUACCUCACAAUGUUCAAGUUUGAUUAUGGCUACAACAUGGCAGCAAGUGUAUUGGCAGGAGUACUGUAUGCAGUGGUGUGGCUGAUAUGGUGUAUCAAGGUGUACCAGCAAAGACCGUACGUGUGGAAGUGUCUUGCUUGCGUACUGGCUGCUAGCUGCUUCCUUGCUCUGGAGUUGUUGGACUUUCCCCCCCUCCUCUGGAUAAUAGAUGCUCACUCACUGUGGCAUCUCUCCACAGCUCCACUGCCACUGCUCUGGUACAGCUUCCUAACUGAUGAUGCUCACUAUGAGGUGGCGGUGCAACUAGCCAAGCAAGUCUAAACAUCACCAGCUCUUAUUUCAUUCACUUGACACUAGCUACCUCAUUUCUGAAUUUGCAAACUUGACAUUUUUGUAACUAUGUUUCGU